AUGUGGGUGUCGAGUGGGCGUUCGGGCGCACAGUGAAUUCGUUGUGUACGGUUCGGAGUAGCGAGACGUCUGGGACGGAAGGCGGGCUUGUAGUGCGAUUCGACUGAGUGCGGCGCGCCCGUAGCCCGUGUCAUGUGGCGGCGCCCACGCGCUGAUCAUUCGACAUAUCCUUUCAUGACUGUUUUGUGGUUCGAGCGUCGGUGCUCGCCUCCCGUGCUCGGGGAGAUCUGUGAGAUCAAGAUAAGAUAUCGAUUCUUUGCUUUGAUUUGCCAUUUAAAACACGUAUUGUGAAAAGUGCUGAGUGGUGUUGUUCCAUCCUCCAACAGAAAAAAGUGAAUAUGUGAAAGUGAAUCAUAAGUAUAUCAUGAGUCUUAUAAGAGGAUAAUAUAAUCAACAAUUUCACUUCUAAUCUAAUAAUACGGAAUCGCACGUGUUCCAUCGGGGAACCUAAACUACCAAGUUCCUUGGCUGCGCUUGCAAGGAAACGCAAGCCAUGAGUGACCCGGCGGGGGGUCCUAACCUGAAGGACCUAAUGAAAAGACUCCGACAGAUCGUACCGAACGAUUUGUCUGGAAGUCAAGAUACACCGAGAGAUUCCGCGGCCGCAGGACCACGGGAGGCAAACUCAGAGGAUGCAGCCUUACCGCCAUGCCCGGCGCCCUGCGAUAAGAGCGCAUUGGAUGUCUGCGCUGAGCCUAAAGGAACCGCAGGAGGUGAAACGCUCGAGGGGGACACGCACGAGCUGAGCCCUCCCAGCGCCAACACGAAGGAAAGCGGUCCCGACGACCCACUCGAGAGGGGUGAGGAAGACCUCAUAACGGAAUUCCGCUGCGAGAUUGAGAACAAACACAACACCCUCUUGGGGAAGAUGCAGCUCCUUAGGGAAGCCCUAGCCAAGCAACUCCAGAAAACAGAUGAGCGUGAAGAUGUACAGAAGAAAACCUUUGCCAAAUGGAUCAACAGUCAGUUGGCCAAGGGGCAGCAUCCGCCUGUCACAGAUCUCUUUUAUGACCUGCGGGAUGGCACACGCCUGCUGGCGCUCCUGGAGGUGCUCACAAACAAAACUUAUAAACGUGAAAAGGGGCGCAUGCGGGUACACCACUUAAAUAAUGUCAGCAGAGCACUCUCUAUAUUGGAAGAGCAUAAUGUGAAGCUUAUAAAUAUAUCAAAUGAACACAUUGUUGAUGGUUCUGCAAAACUCACACUGGGCCUGGUGUGGGCUAUCAUCCUUCACUGGCAGGUCCAAGGUGUCUUGAAGGAUGUCAUGUCAGACCUACAGCAGACAAAUCUAGAAAAGACUCUGUUGGCAUGGUGUAGACAAACGACUAAGGGCUAUCAUGGGGUUGAUGUAAGAAACUUCACAACUUCAUGGACUGAUGGCCUGGCCUUCAAUGCCCUCAUUCAUAGCCAUCGCCCUCAGCUAUUUGACUGGACAGUAAUGGCUCGGAAACACCCGUAUGCUCGGCUAGAAAAUGCUUUUAGACUUGCAAAUGAACACUUUAACAUUGAAAGACUUCUAGAUCCAGAAGAUGUCAAUUCUCAAGUUCCUGACAAGAAAUCUAUUAUGAUGUAUGUGAUGUGCCUGUUCCAAGCACUUCCUCAUGGAUCUUUCACAAUGGAGAGCUUAGAUGUCUCAAUACAGUCUGAUUCUUCUUUCUCUCUUGAUACAAGCAGUGAAAAUGUUGCGCAGGCUACCAGUAAAGGUAGGCCACUGUCAAAUGUAAGCAUUGGCCUAGGGGAAUACCAGCGUACAUUAGAAGAAGUUUUGACCUGGCUCCUAGGUGCUGAAGAUAGACUGGCAGUUAUGCCUCCCAUAGCCAAUUCUACAGAAGAAGUUAAGGACCAGUUCCAUGACUUAGAGGAACUCAUGUUGGAGCUAACUUCAAAGCAGGGAGGUAUUGGAGAUGUCCUAGGAGAGGGAUCAAGACUCUUAA